AUGGCUGGUGGUGGUGACGGACAUGAUCCUUGGGACGAUCCAAGUCUGAAGGGAUUCAAGAGAUACUUUAACAACAAAACUCAGAAAGGUAGAGCUAAUGUAGCUAUAGCGACUUACGCCGUUUUGGCGGUAUAUAUCGUGUACGCCAAAGUAUAUAAGAGCAAAAAAGCACCAGCACCAACAAAUGCAAGCGACACAUGUAGAUGUGACUAA